UGGCCUUUGCCCUGCCGUUGGCCAGAGCCCUCAGUUCUUGUCCAUGAAGACUGGCCCACCAUGUUUUAUGGGACCCACUUCAUCAUGUCUCCACCUGCCAAGAGCAAGCUGAAACGCCAGAGCCAGCUGCUGUCCAGCGUGCUGUCCCGGACGCUCAGCUACAAGCACCGGGACCUGGACACCACCCUCUCCAGCCUGGGCGCCAGCGACGACCCCGCGGAACUCUCCACUCAGCUCUCGGCCCCCGGGGUCCUCAAGGUGUUCGGGGACAGCGUCUGCACGGGCACCCACUAUAAGAGUGUCCUGGCCACGGGCAUGUCCAGCGCCCAGGAGCUGGUGAAGGAGGCUCUGGAGCGCUACGCUUUGAGCCCUGAGUGUGCCGGCCAGUAUGUGCUGUGUGACGUGGUGGGCCAGGCCGGCGACUCUGGGCAGCAGUGGCAGGCUGAGGGCUUCCGGGUGUUUGGGGACAACGAGAAGCCCCUCCUGAUCCAGGAAUUAUGGAAGCCCCGCGAAGGCUUGUCCCGGAGGUUUGAGCUGAGAAAGAGGUCGGAUGUGGAAGAGCUGGCAGCCAAGGACGUGGACACUAUGACGGCAGGGAUAAACGCCCAAGCCCGGAGGCUGCAGCGGAGCCGCGCCAAGGGAACCCCAGCCCUGGCUUCAGGCGCUGCCCGGAGUCCCCCCACCUCCCGGCUGCGCCGCACUGUCAGUGAGACCAGCCUGAGCUCUGCCACCGCCCAGGGCCCCGAGGACCGUGGCCCUGAGACCAUGCGCUACUCCCUGUACGAGUCGCCCCACCUGCUGCUUCUCCAGGGCUACAGCCAGCAGCAUGACAGCCUGGUGUACCUGCUCAACCGGGAGCAGCACACCGUGGGCCAGAGGACGCCGUCCAGCAAGCCCAGCGUCAGCCUCUCGGCCCCGGACAUCUUGCCCUUGCACUGCACCAUCCGCAGGCACCGGCCUCUGGGUCCCGAGCAGGCGGGGAGCAGGCUGGUCCUGGAGCCUGUCGCGGGCGCGCCCGUGUCGGUCAACUUCACGGAGGUGGGGGGCCGGGCCGUGGUGCUGUGCCAUGGGGACCUGCUCUCCCUCGGCCUCUACUACCUGCUGCUGUUCAAGGACCCGGCGCAGGCCCAGCCCCUGCCUGCCCAGGCCCUGGCUCGCCUGCGGGCGGUGCCACGGAGCUGCAGGACAUGUGGCACUGCGCUCCGGACCCGGGGCACCCCCCGCUCCGCCUCCACGCAUGCCGCCCUCCCCCGGCCGAGGCUGCUGCACCUGGAGUUCGAGCCCGAGGUGGAGGAUGCGCUGCUGCAGAGGAUUAUGACGCUGAUUGAGCCCGGCGGUGAUGACCACAAGUUGGCCCCGGCCUUCCUCCUCUGCCUGUGCAUCCAGCACGCGGCCACCCGCCUGGAACCUGGCUCAUUCGGGCAGCUUCUGCUCAAGAUAGCUACGGCAAUCCGAGAGACAGUCUGGGAGAAAACCAAAGAACUAGCGGAGAAGCAGGCGCACCUCCAGGAGCCCAUCUCCUUGGCCGGCUUCACCCUGGCCGGCCUGGUCCCAGACCUGCAAUACAUCCUCUUCUGGAUGUCCAACUCGGUGGAGCUCCUCUACUUCAUCCAGCAGAAGUGCCCCCUCUACAUGCAGGCCUGGGAGGGGGAGCUGGAUGUCACAGGUUCCAGGGAGUCCCUGCUGUCCUGCACGCUGACGGCCAGCGAGGAGGCCAUGGCCGCGCUGGAGGAGGUCAUCCUGUACGCCUUCCAGCAGUGCGUGUACUACGUGUCCAAGUCCCUGUACGUCUGCCUCCCGGCCCUGCUGGAAUGCCCCCCUUUCCAGACGGAGCGCCGCGAGAGCUGGGGCUCCGAGCCCCAGCUGCCAGAGGAGCUGCGCCGGGUGGUGUCUGUCUACCAGGCCACCCUGGACCUGCUGCGGCAAUUCCAGGUGCACCCCGAGAUCGCCUCCCAGGUGCUGGCCUACCUUCUCUUCUUCUCCAGCACACUGCUCUUCAACCAGCUCCUGGACAAGGGCCCCUCUCUGAGUUGCUUCCACUGGCCCCGAGGCGUCCAGGCCUGCGCCCGCCUGCAGCAGCUCCUGGAGUGGGUGAGGAGCGCUGGCUUGGGGGAGGCUGGAGAGCACUUCUUCCGGAAGCUUUCCUGCACGCUCAGCCUGCUGGCCACACCCCGCGCCCAGCUUAUCCAGAUGAGCUGGGCGAGCCUGCGGGCCGCAUUCCCCGCCCUGAGCCCUGCGCAGCUGCACCGGCUGCUCAUGCAGUACCAGCUGGCCGCUGGCAUGGGCCCCGUGAGCGCCUGGGAGCCCGGCGCCCGGGACAGCCCCGACGCCUUCAAGUCAGAGGACGUGCUGGAGUCCUACGAGAACCCCCCGCCCAUUGUGUUGCCGAGCGAGGGUUUCCAGGUGGAUUUGGAAGCCGACUGCCCCGAUGAAAGCCUCUACCAGCAUCUUCUGUAUGUCCGCCACUUCCUAUGGAGCCUGCGUGGCAGACCUGGUGUUGGGCCUCCCCCACCUGAGGGCCUCAAGGGACUGUCCCACGGCACCGCUGAAGGGCCUCUGGAGGCCCUGAGCUGCCCACUGCUUUCCCGGGGGGCUCGAGAAGCUGGCCAUUUGCGCCCUCCUCCUCCCACCGGGGCUCCUCGCGCCCCGGGUGCUCCGGGAAGGCAGAGCCGCGGGGGCCCCCAGGCUGGUGACCUCCACGUGGACUCCUCGUGUCUGCUCACGCCUCCCGGCACCCCCCUGGGCCUCGAGCCCAUUGUCCCUGACUGGCCAGAGCCCAGUGGCACCUGUGGGAAAACGCUCCAGGAAGGAAGGUGGAGUGGACAGAGUGCGCCUGGAGGUACAACUGCAGAAGGAGGCUGUGUGCUCCCCGCAGAAGAGCCCCCGCCGGCCGCCUCCAGCCGCAGCUCCAGUGCCGAGGACUUCUGCUACGUGUUCGCGGUGGAGCUGGAGCGGGGCCCCUCCGGGCUGGGGAUGGGCCUCAUCGACGGCAUGCACACACCACUGGGCGCCCCUGGGCUCUACAUCCAGACGCUGCUCCCGGGCAGCCCCGCAGCGGCGGACGGCCGGCUGUCCCUGGGAGACCGCAUCCUUGAGGUGAACGGCAGCAGCCUGAUGGGCGUCAGCUACUUGAGGGCUGUGGACCUGAUCCGACACGGAGGGAAGAAGAUGCGCUUUCUGGUCGCCAAAUCUGACGUGGAGACAGCCAAGAAGAUCUGCUUCCGCACACCGCCUCCCUAGGUGGGGCUGGAGGGGUGGCCACGGCCCCUGCUGCAGCAAAUGUACAUCUUAGUGUAUAUUUUCUUUAUAUGACAGAUGACACGAAGUUGUGACGUUUGUUACAGAGCUUUUAUGUUUGAAGAUUUUAAUGGAAAAUUAUAGAUUCAAUAAAUUAUCUUUCGUAUUCUGA